UGUGCGGAACUCCGCGAUAAUUAUCGUUCGGCUGAUGGGUUCGAGGACAAGAUUGAAUCUCAGUUCGACAAGGAGAUCGGGUUGGGGGCUAUGGUCAGGAUGGAACUUUCGGAGGCGCAACAGCGCUUCGGGGAUGGGCAGGCCUACCCAUCCGGCGCUGAUUUGGAAGAGACGUUGCAUUCGCUUCCCUAUGCUACUUUCAGCCUGAGCGGCGACAUCUCGCGGGCUCACCGCCUCUCCAAGGUCCGUGAACAGGACUGGCCUAAACAGGCAUGCCGAGCACGCAAGCGCGGCAGUGUCUACUUGAACACAGUGGGCACCUUCGGCGUGACCAGCGCCAGUUACUGGUGGUACCGCUUGAUGGGGGGCCUCGGUCGUUUCUUGUAUUAUUGUCAUGGGAGAGACGAGACUACUCUUCUGUCUGAUGUGGACGACUUGUUAUGGAUCACACAGUCGUCCGAGGGACUUUUGAGAAUCCUGGGAUCCAUCCUGCUUCUUUCGGCGCUAGGCGUACCUUUCGCUUGGCACAAAUUUGCAGGUGGAGGAGAGCAUACUUGGAUCGGCUAUUCUCUUUGUGUGGCACGGCGCACCGUGGGCAUUUCCUUGAGCCGAGCUGACUGGAUUGUGGGCUGGAUAAAGAAGACCAGAGCCGACGGUUUGGUUCGGGUUGCGGACCUUAGGUCGGUUCUAGGAACACUUCAGGACGGACGCCAAAGCUCAGGGCUCAGAGCUCUGGGUAGGAUUGAUCAUGUCAAGUUUCCGGUUUUCUUCAUGGCGGGACAGUCCUAUCGCUCCAUAGGGGCGUUAGAGCUGCUGGCUACACUGAUUGCACUUCUUCUUUUCGAACCGCAGAAAGGAACUCGUGGUGUCAAUCAUUGCUCUGCUGCGACGGAUAAUCGAGGCAAUUCUUUCGUCAGUUCGCGGUGGAUGACGACUUCUUUUCCGCUCAACGCUGUGCUUAUGGAGGUCGCGGCCAUCCUACAGCAAAGAUCCCUGCAUCUUGAGCUUCACUGGGCGCCACGGCUGCAGAACGCUCUGGCGGAUGCUUUGACGAAUCAACAGUACGAUGCAUUUGAUUCCAAGCUGCGUUUGAGAUUUGAUUUCAGCAUAUACCGCUCCAUCAUUCUGAAGGAUCUCAUGGAAGCUGGAGUUUCGUUGUAUGGAGAUAUCAAAGAAUAUAAAGAGAAGUGGCAGGGCAAAAGGGCUUCAAAGCUGCGCAAAGGCGAGAGACUCAGAGACGUGGAUCCUUGGUCUUAG